AUGAACCAACGUUGUUUUACUGUCCACGAUUUUCGAUAUGUAUCUGCAACGGGUUCAUCCACACCUUUAACGAAGGAUAAUGUGACAUGUUUUGUUGUUCAUAGUGAAACAAGUCUUGUAGGUAAUUUUCUGACAACAAAUCGAAUAAUAAAUCAAAUUCAACAUAAUAUUCAAUGGAGUCAACUGUCAAACUUAAUGUCAAUACCCACAGAUUGUCCUCAACGUGACAAACGAAAAGGAUGGCUAGGAGAUACGGCUGUCACUAAUCUCUCUGAAGAAUUCCAUUCAACAUUUCAUAACUCAACGACUAAUUAUUAUGGCACUGAUGGAAGUCAAACAUCACAAAUACUUGCAUCAGCAUUGCCUGGUGUAAUUCCAUCGCAACAAAUACGUUCAUCAGUUAUACAACUACUGGUCAAUGAUAUACGGAAUCAAACGAUAAAUUUAACAAGUGGCCUUAUUGGAAUGACAAAUCUAUUCAAAGCUUUACCAGAUAAUGGUUAUCAUACAUUAGCUGUUGAAUUAGCCGAAUUAACAACAUAUCGAUCAUUCGGUUGGACAUUUACUAAUUCGUAUAGCACAACAAUAUGA